ACCAAAACUCUGUAUUUGCACUAACUUUGUCUUGCUGCUGUGGCAACCUGUGAGAGAGAAAUACAGCAUACAUACUUCAAGUCUGACUGGACUUAAAUGUUACGGAAUGCUGCAGCCAGCUGCUUUAAAGCCCCCAGCUUUGUGUUUUAACCCCAUUUGCACUGGGUCCUCCAACUGUUUCUCUGGACUGCCAUUAAACUGCUUCUAAGGGGCUGCUAGUAUUUAUGGACUCUCCAUUUUAGCAGGAAACAGUAGUGAUGGUCACCAACAAAAGUAAUAUGUCAGAAAGAAAAUGAAGCUCCUCAUCAAUGUGGAUGCCUUCAGGCUAAUGGAAUCAAUGUUGGAGGGAGGGAGGAAAGGAACAAUACGUUUUUGAGUAUCUGGAGUUCUUGGGAGUACACCAACCCAGAUAGCUCCCAGCAAGGUAUCUUUCCCAUCACCAAAUCAUUUAUGGCAAUAGGGCAUACUUUUACUUUGGAAAUGCUCUGAUCUUCCUGCUUGUGCUUAAAACCAGGACCUCCUACAAAUGGUGUAGACACAGUGACACCACCUCAGGGUCCUGAUGUUGCGAGGGAGUACCUGGAACAGGUUGGAUCACCUCCUCCUGGCGAGGCAGGUCCUUGGAAAGAAAGGGAGUAUCGGUGACCACCCUGUUGACAAUGGCCAAGCAGCUAAAACCAUCAGCCGUCUCUGGACGCAUAUCCAAGCCUUCGUCCUGCUGCCCACGAGCAGGGCUCGCCCGGGGCAGUGGCGCUGCUGCAGUGGGCGCGCCUCGGCUGUCUCGCAGAGCACAGCUUUAAGCGGAAGUCUCUCCUGCCCUGUAGUAAAACGGGACCAACUUUGGUGUUCUCGUGCGUUGUGACACAGCAUAAAUAAGUGUACUGAAGCAUGUUUUUACCAAGAUCUGUUAAAGUGAAGAGGACUGCUGAUGAGAAUAAAAGUUGUACCACUAAGAAAAAUAAAUUGUCUUCUGGAGGAUCUUGGCUAGAGGAGACCACCGAGUUUAACGACUGUAAGUCAGCUGGAACAGGAACUUCUGCUUCAGGAUGUAGUUUGAAUCAAGUUGUACAAGAACACGCAGAAACUGUAGUUGAAGAUCUUGGUGUUGCUAGCACAACUUUGGGAAAGGACAACCAAAAUACUGAUGAAGGCAGCUCUUCAGAAGAACCCAUAAAAUCCUUCAGCAAAUCCCAGCGUUGGGCAGAACCUGGAGAACCUGUAUGUGUUGUGUGUGGACGCUACGGAGAGUACAUCUGUGAUAAAACAGAUGAAGAUGUUUGUAGCUUGGAAUGUAAAGCCAAACACCUUCUACAAGCUCAAGAAGAGGAAAAAAAGCUAAAAUCUGAUCAACUCACAGCAGCAGAAUCUCAGGCAGAAACUUACCUGCUUAAUACACCUUAUUUCUACAAAGAUCAUUCCUUUAUUUUAGGCUUGCGAGACGAGCAGAUUGAGAACCUUAAACUGCAGCUAGGUAUUGCUGUACAGGGACAGGAAGUUCCAAGACCUAUUGUAGAGUUUGAACACUGUGGUUUUCCUGAAACUUUAAAUCAUAAUUUAAAGAAUUCUGGCUAUGAAGUCCCAACUCCCAUCCAAAUGCAGAUGAUCCCUGUUGGACUACUAGGGAGGGAUAUUGUGGCUAGUGCAGACACAGGUUCGGGAAAAACAGCAGCGUUUCUACUCCCUGUUACUAUGAAGGUUUUGAAAGAGACAGAAACUCCAUCUGCCCUUAUUUUGGCACCAACGAGGGAGUUGGCAGUUCAGAUAGAGAGACAAGCUAAAGAACUGAUGGCUGGUUUACCAAACAUGAGAACAGUUCUCCUGGUAGGAGGUUUACCACUGCCACCACAGCUUCACCGUCUCAAGCAAAGUGUUAAGGUUAUAAUAGCAACACCUGGAAGACUUCUGGAGAUUUUAAAGCAAAGUUCUGUUCGACUGCAUGGCAUAAAAAUUGUAGUGGUGGAUGAAGUGGAUACCAUGUUAAAAAUGGGUUUCCAGCAGCAAGUGUUGGAUAUUUUGGAAGACAUCUCUCAUGAACAUCAAACCAUACUGGUGUCAGCCACAAUUCCAGUGGGCAUUGAGCACUUAGCAAAUCAACUUCUGCAUGAUUUUGUAAGAAUAACAGUUGGAGAAAAGAACCUGCCAUGUUCCCAUGUCCGCCAGAUUAUCUUGUGGGUAGAAGAGCCAUCUAAAAAGAAAAAACUGUUUGAAAUACUGAAUGAUAAGAAACUCUUCAAGCCUCCAGUGUUGGUCUUUGUGGACUGUAAGCUAGGAGCAGAUCUGUUGAGUGAUGCUGUUCAUAAGAUUACAGGAUUGCAAUGUACAGCUAUGCAUUCUGAAAAGUCUCAGGUGGAAAGAACAGAAAUACUACAGGGAUUACUUCAAGAGAAGUAUGAAGUUAUAGUAAGUACUGGAGUCCUUGGACGAGGGCUUGACCUUGUCAAUGUCAAACUGGUAGUAAAUUUUGAUAUGCCUUCAAGUAUGGAUGAAUAUGUACAUCAGGUUGGAAGAGCAGGGAGAUUGGGUCACAGUGGAACUGCAAUUACUUUUAUCAAUAACAACAGCAAGAAGCUCUUUUGGGAUGUUGUGAAGAGAGUAAAACCAACAGGCACCAUUCUUCCCCCACAGCUGCUUAAUUCCCCUUAUCUUCAUGACCAAAAGAGAAGGGAACAGCAGAGACUUAAACAUUUACAGAAUAGCCUUGUAACAGGAGAUAAUAUUAUGGACAUUAUUAAAAAACAUGACAAAAAUAAUUCUCAGAGGUAAUAUAUAUUUAUAGUUAUGUAACUAUAAUGAAAGUGUUAUUAAAAAUAAACAUGGAA